AGUGACACGCUGAAGCAGCACCACAAUACUGUGACAAAAGCUUCUCCAAAUCUCAAAGCACUUGGAGUAUUCGCCGGCAGAAUCUCUCCAUACGACAAUCCAGCAGUUCUCUCAACGAUCUUGCGCAAGAGGUAAGGAAACCUUCCAUUGGCUGAUCCAAUGAUGCUGGUGGGCGCAUUCAUACCCAUCUUGCACUCCAGUCCUUACAUACGAUCUUACUGAUGAAGAUCGAUAGAGAGUGGAACCCUCACACGCCAUGAUGCAGAGAAGUCAGAGACCCAUAUGCCGCAUGUGGCAGAUGGGACGCUGCACCUUUAGCAGCAUCCAGUGCGAGUUCCGUCAUGCUGAUCUCGAUUUCCGCGCGCAGCCAACACUUGACGAAGGCUUUGUCCCCCAGCCGCGCUUGGCUGAGUCUCGCUGGGACUUUGGCGCCCACCAAGUACACAGAGACCGCCAGCCUCUGCAGGAACUUGUUCUUCCUGUGUCCUCGACCUCAUACCUUGACAUCGACCACGACCAGCAGAACGAUUCUGGAGAGCGUUCUGAGUGGGACGACGAAGAUUACCAGAGUCGAGGUCGCCCCAGAAGACGUGCACACCAUUGGGACAGCCGCGACGCCUCCGAGGAUGUGGCACCCAGUGCUGUUGGUAAGCAACUGAAGAUCCAGGACCAGUUUCGUUUGUAUAUGCUGAUGCUCAACAGAUGGUCGCCAGCCCGUGAGCUUCGUCUCGCAGAAUGACGCGUUCAACACUUGGAGAGAGGCCCAGGAUGGUGUGUACAAACGUAACACCUACCUGCAAGAUUGAAGCGUCUGACAUACCUGUAGCCUUCAUCCCGGACCAGGAAAUCACC